AUGCCAGCCAGGGUGGCUCUGCUUAUGGUUCUUCACCUCCUCACCUGCUCCCGCUGCUCCCCACUCUACCCAGCGCUCAGGUACAGUCCACUGCCUGUCUCAGGGAAGGAGAUGAGCUUUCAGCUUGGAGAAAGCAGCCCAGCUCAAAGUCACAAUCUCUCCAUGGAAGAACAGGAGAAAGGUAUCCUUAUGGACUCUGCAGAGAAAAGGAUGCAACGCCAUGCAGAUGCCAUCUUUAGCAAUAGCUACCGGAAAAUCUUGGGUCAGAUCUCAGCUCGGAAAUUCUUACAAAAUAUUAUGGGCAAACGGCUAAGAAUCAAAGCCACCAUCAUGGGCUGCCUGACCUCUACCAAGAUCAAGGCCUAA